AUGCCAGCCUCCGAUAGACUCAGCCAAACCUCCGAUAUCCUUGCGGAAUCCAUCAAGCAAGUGGAACACCCUUUCAAGGUCACCGUGAUCGGAUCCGGUAACUGGGGUACCACCAUCUCGAAGGUUGUGGCCGAAAACGCCGCCCUAAGACCACAGCUUUUCGUUAAGCGUGUCGACAUGUGGGUUUUCGAAGAGACCGUGGACGGCCAAAAGUUGACCGAGAUCAUCAACACCAAGCACCAGAACGUCAAGUACCUGCCAAACAUCGAUCUACCAGAGAACCUUGUCGCCAACCCAGACCUACUUGACUGUGUCAAGGACGCAGACAUCAUCGUGUUCAACAUCCCCCACCAGUUCUUGCCACGCAUUGUGUCGCAGAUGGAGGGCCACAUCAAGAAGGACGCGCGUGCCAUCUCGUGUCUAAAGGGAUUCGACGUGUCCAAGGACGGUGUCAAGCUAUUGUCCACCUACGUGACCGAGAAGCUCGGAAUCACCUGUGGUGCUCUUUCCGGUGCCAACCUCGCCCCAGAGGUUGCCAAGGAGAACUGGUCCGAGACCACUGUCGCUUACGAGCUACCUAAGGACUUCAAGGGUGAAGGUAAGGAUGUCGACCACGGCGUGCUCAAGGCUUUGUUCCACAGACCAUACUUCCACGUUAACGUCAUUGACGAUGUUGCCGGUAUCUCGGUUGCUGGUGCUUUGAAGAACGUGGUUGCCCUCGGUUGCGGGUUCGUCGAGGGUCUCGGCUGGGGUAACAACGCCUCCGCCGCCAUCCAGAGAGUUGGUCUCGGUGAGAUCAUCAAGUUUGGUCAAAUGUUCUUCCCUCACUCUCGUGUCCAGACCUACUACCAAGAGUCUGCCGGUGUCGCCGACUUGAUCACCACCUGUUCCGGUGGUAGAAACGUCAAGGUCGCCUUCCACAUGGCCAAGACCGGAAAGCCAGCUGAAGAGUGUGAAAAGGAAUUGUUGAACGGUCAAUCCGCUCAAGGUAUCCACACCUGUAAGGAGGUUCACGAAUGGCUAGCUGCUUGCGGCAAGACCGAUGAGUUUGUUCUAUUCGAAGCUGUCUACCAAAUUGUCUACGAAAACGCCUCCAUGGACUCUUUGCCAGACAUGAUUGAAGAUUUGCAAGGUGUUAACAUCCCAAAGGAGGAGAAGAAGGAUUAA